AUGUCUUCAAGCCAAAGCAACAUCUACUCCCAAAGCUUCAACUACGGCAGUUUUCUCCAGAAAGGCGUCGAUCCCCGCACGGGUCAGUACACCUGCAGCAUCGAAAUCUACGAGACGCCAUCACAAGUCCGCAACUGCCCUCCAUUCAAGCUAUCGCUCGGAUUCAAUCCCCUUAACAGCCAGAACGCCGGGCUCGGCACGGGCUGGUCUUUCAGUCUGUCCUCAUACGAGCACAACAGUCGACGCACGCUGCUUCUCUCCACGGGUGAGAACUAUCAAGUUACGGACACCAGCAGUCUUUUCUCCGUCGAUGAUCAGAAACUUAAAAGUUUCACUAUCAAGAGAGGAGACGGGGACUAUGAGGUUAUAUACAAAUCGGGAUUGAUCGAGGUGCUCUCUAACGACAAAAAACGCUGGGACAGAUCGCUCCCCACCGUGCUUUAUGCUCCCAACGGUCGCUCUCUGCAGUUGGAGUACAAAAGUUACAAUGGACAGCCCCGACUGAUUAAGAUCCAAGACGGGUCUGAAGACCUGCUAUCAAUCAACUACGAUGUGUCUGGGGAAGUCAGCAUAACUCGCGCCCCAGAUACCCCCGAGGCGAACACCUUCGUUCUCAGCCUGAAGAGCGAACGAUUGACCAGUAUCACAACGCCGCUGUCCGCCAUGCCCCCAUGGAAGUUCGACUACGACAAGCUCGGCGACCUAACCUGUAUCACCGAGGUGACCAGCCCCACGGGCUUAGUCGAAGCGAUAGCAUACAACGCGGUAGGCCACCAGAUGCCGUCCGGCGCGCCACUAGACGAAAGAAUCCCAUACGUAGUUUCCCACAUGGCCUACCCAAGCCGCCAGCAGCCGCGGAUCAAGACGACAUACAGCUACUCCGAUUACAACUUCCUCGGCUACGGUGGGGGUCGACACUGGGAGAAUGGCGAGGAUAAUUUGUAUCGCGUGCCUGCGGACUACAAGUAUACGUCGACUGUGACUAUCGACGGCGGUUCCACCACCGAGUACACGUAUAACAAGUUCCAUCUGCCGAUCAGAACGACGCAGAAGAAGGGAACUAAGCUGAUGACGCAGACGACGGAGUACUAUGCGCUUGCGGAUACCGCGUUUGAGAAACAGCCGGCGCAGUAUCUGCUGCCGAAAAGCGUGACGACGACCUACGAAGACACACAGAGCAAGCAGACCCGGACGGAGACGAGCACAUCUGAGUUCGACGAAUGGGGCAAUCCGACGAAAGAUGUUCAAGCCGAUGGCGUAGCGGUCUUGCGCACGUAUUACCCCCCGACAGGCGCAACGGAUCCGGAUACAGGGGAGGAAGUCUGUCCUGCUGAUCCGCACGGCUUUCAGCGGUACAAGGCUACCGAGACGACGGUCCCGGCGGAGAGUGACUAUCCCUCGCUACCACGGACAGAGCACUACACUUACUGUGAGCUUCCGACGGCGACGGAUGCACGCGUCGACAAGUUUGUGGUGGUCAAGCAGUCGAGAGUCCUCGAGGGAGACACCUGCGUGAGCACAGCCGAGUAUAGCACUAUCAACAAGCCGGACUCUCGAGACCACGGCCGCGCAGAGAGCCAGGUCACCCAGCUGGCUGAACAGCAUCCUACAACGCAGACAUGGGAGUAUAAGUACUCGGAUAGCAGCAAUCAACUGAAACAAACGAUCACGACAAAGAGCUUCGACGGGUUGACCGUCAGUGACGAGACCGACAUAUCCCUCUCUUCCGGCCUGACCAUGUCCCAUAAAGACCAAGAUGAGGUCCAGGACCGCUUCGAGUACGACAAGCUCGGUCAGAUCCUCAAAGUGACAACAGCUGUGGGUACAGGGUACGAAACAUCGCGCGAGAACAAAUACGGCAUCCCGGAAGACGGCCACGGGAGCCAGAAAACAGUGAUAGACACCGAGGGGUUCGAAACGCGGUACAUCACGGACGGGUUAGAACGGCUCUGCGAGGUUGAGAAGCAAGACAGCGAUGCGUCAACCGCAGCCGGUACCACUCGCAAAGUGCAGGAAUGCAAGUAUAACGCGCUGGAUCAGUGCAUUGAAAAGGUAGAGAUCGACUGGCUGCGCUCAGACAGCGGGGCAGUAGAAAAGCGGAACUCGCAGAAACUGGAGUACGACGACUGGGGCGAGGUCUACAAAACGACCGAUAACACAGGGGUGGUGAGCAUAUCCGAGACCGAUCCGAUUGCACGCACGCGCAUCGAAGGCAUCGAGGGCGAAGGACAGACCAAGACAACGCUCAACAAGUCCGGUGCUCCCAUCCUGACCGAGCUGCUCCGCAAGGACGGCACGCCGUACAGCCAGUUCAAAUACUUCUAUGACGGGCUCGGCCGGCUCGUAGAGCAGGAAGACGCACUCGGUCGGAAGAGCCGAUUCCAGCUCGACGCCUUCGACCGGGUCGUCAAGACGACCUAUCCGAGCGGGCGGGAGGUCACCACCGACUAUGCACCGCACAGCGACGCGACGUUGCCGGUGUCCGUGUCAGAGAACGGCGCUACCAUGGGCGCGCAAGACUUCGACGGCCUGAAUCGCGUGAAGACGAAAACGGUCGGUACAUGCACGGUCAAGCACGAAUACGAGGGUAAUGGGCCUGAGCCGAGCAAGAUUCAAACCCACAAAGGGGACAGCUUCAACUUCACGUACGAGCCUGCGCUCGGACACGCUGUCACGGCCACGUCCAUCAAUGGGGCAGCUGAUACAAUCGAGUACGACCCCAAGACGGGUGUUCCAUUCAAACUCGAGAAUGCGUAUAGCUCUAGGGACUUGAGAUUUUUCCCCUCCGGGCUGUUGAAGGGGGAGACUGUCACGCUUAAUGAUGAGAGGACGUUUUCGUCAGCCUCUGUGUAUUCCAUGAAUGGCAAGCUGCAGGCUUAUACAGAUGUACAUGGGCAGGAGUAUAAAACGGAAUACGAUCCUUUCGAUAGAGUAGAAGCGCUGGCACAAGGGACGAUGAAAGUCUCAUUCACAUACGAUAGUAUCAACCGCCCAUCAGACAUCGAAGUACAGGAUACAGCGCGCAACACCAGUCUCACGACCAGUCUGAAGUACGAUGACUUCAGCCGGGAAGAAGAGCGGAUUGUCCGCCAGGGCGGAAAGACGCUAUACAAGCUCACCCAAUCGUACACUAAGACCGGCUUGGUGGAGGCGCGCCAUCUGGAAGAUGGGAAUGGAACCUCCCUCCGCGACGAAACGUUUGACUACGACGAUGAUGGACAUCUGGUGCACUAUACCUCCGAGGGAAGCCAGUCCCCGACAGACGAACAGGGCCGGCAGCUAAAAAGCCAGCAUUUCGUGUUUGGCGACCACGACAACCUCAACGAGGUGACGACGCACUUCCACGAUAGCAGCAAGAACACCACGUCGUACUCGUACAAUCGUCAGGAUCCGACGCAGCUGACCGCCGUCACAAAAUCCCAUGACAGCCAGACCGUUUUUCUCGAUUACGAUGACAACGGCUGUCUAACCCUAGACGAGCAAGGCCGUCGUCUCGAAUACAACAGCAAGAACCAACUAAUCUCCGUUCGCGAUGCAGAUGACACACUCCUCAGCCAAUACCACUACGACGCAGGCGGCCGACUGGCCUGUCAAAGCAUCCCCGGCCAAGACGACCACCAUCUCUUCUACAGAGACGAAAAGCUCAUCGCCGUGCAAACCGGCGACCGCAAGAUCAGCUACAUAUCCGACAGCCAAGACUACUUUGGCCAAACGGUGCAAAACGGCUCCAACACAGAAACCCAGCUCUGGGCAAGUGACAGCCACGACUCUCUCCUCUUCUGGGCAGACGGCGACGAAGUACACCACCAGGAAUACACGCCCUACGGCGUGUCCAGUCCCAGUCAGGGAAGACCCUCCAUCGGGUUCAACGGCCAGUGGCGCGACCCCGUCACAGGAUGGUACCACUUGGGUAACGGGUACAGGGUGUAUAACCCAGUCCUUAAGCGGUUCCACACGCCAGACCCAUGGAGUCCGUUCACGUCCGGCGAAACCAACCCGUACGCGUACUGUCUAGGCGAUCCUAUUAACCGCGAUGAUCCCAGCGGACACGGGUUCUUCGGGUGGCUGAAGAAGAAGUGGAAGAAGAUCGUUACCACGGCCAUCGGCGUGGUAGCCAGCGUCGCGGUGGGCAUGCUAACCGGUGGUGCAAGCCUAGCUGUUCAAAUCGGGAUCGGGCUCGCCGUUGGCGCAGCGACUGAAUUUGGUGUGAGCGUCGCGACAGACCUUAUCGAGCAUAAACCUGUGGACUGGGGCAAAGCGGGUAUCAGUGCGGGUGUGGGCGCACUUACAGGAGCAGUCUCCGCGACGGGAAUGUUCGUGCUAGAUAAAGGGUCGAAGGCCGUGGCGAAGCUUGCGGGGGACAGCGUCAAGACCGGGAUGAAGGAGGCUGGGAAGCAGGCUGUUAAGGAGACGGUCAAGAAGACCGGGCUGAAAAAGGUUGUCAAGGAAGUUGCGGAGGGGCUGGUUUUCACGGAGGGAGUCACCAACGCCGUGAUCAUGCCGAAUCUUCCGGGGAAGCUUUCGUCGACGGGGCUUGUCUACGAAAUGCUGGAUGAUAGCGGUGGAGGCUCCUCGAGUGCCGGUGGUUCGGCACAAGGAUCAGCUGGGACGAGGGACUCUAUUCGGCCUAUUAUGCGGGACGGGGAGAGUGCGGUAGGGGGUCUUCGAAUGUAG